AACCGGAACCCCACUCGUUGCCACACGUCCAGCGGCUCCCAUUUGCGCAAUUUAUAAUGUGUGGUGGCCUCGGCACGGCAUUCACCUGCAGUUCUCGCCUUUUAAAGCGCCUACUCUACUACUAACAUAGUUUAUAUAGGGUUCCUUUCAUUUUUUUUUUUUUUUCUUUUCUUUUCACUUUUAAAAGAGCAAGCAGCAUCUGGCUUUUGUUGGUGUUUUCAAGUGCGAGCAAGUUGGUAUUGGUAUUGGUAUUGUUUAGUAAUAGAUGGAGAUGGAGAUGGAGAUGGAGAUGGCGAUGGCGAUGGCGAUGGCGAUGGUAGCCGUGGUGGGGGAGGAGUACUGCGCUGAGGGAGAGCGGGAGCUGACGGUGCGGAAGACGUCGGUCUUCUACCCGGGCGACGGCUUCGCUGCCUACGACCACCGGACGGGCGACCUCGUCUUCCGCGUCGACACCUACGCCCUCGCCGACCGCCGCCAGAUGAUGAAGCAGCUCGUCCUCAUGGAUCCCCACGGCGCCUCCAUCCUCACCGUCCGCCGCAAGUGGCCCAGCCUGCACCAGCGGUGGGAGGGGUUCAAAGGAGAGCGAAUCGAAGGCCAGAAGCCUCUCUUCACCGUCAGGAGAUCCUCCAUCUUCGGCGGCGAUCGCAGCGUCGUGGCAGUCGAGGUGCACGCGCCCGCAGCAGCAGCAGCAGCGGCGGUAGGAGAGGUGGAGUACCGGAUUGAGGGCUCCUUCGCACAGCGGUGCUGCCGCGUGCUGUACGGAGGAGGCGGAGGAAUGGGAGGAAGAGUGGCGGCAGCAGAAGAAGAAGGUGGCGGUGAUGGAAUGGGGAUGGUGGUGGCGGAGAUAAAGCGCAAGGUGGACUCCUGCGCGCACGGGGCCGUGGUGCUGGGGAGGGACGUCUUCUCCCUCUGCCUCGCCCCCCGCUUCGACUCCGCAUUCGCCAUGGGCCUCGUCCUCGUCCUCGACCAGAUCAGCGGCGACGACGACGACGACCACGACGACGACGAAGCCGUCUCCGUUAACGCAGCCACCCUCCUGGAGGAGAAUGACUGCGCUAUCGACCGACGGACAAUAGGUAAACCUUGAAGUUCCAUAAUCAUUUUCAACUGUAAGGAAUGGCUGCCUGACAGAUAUCAAUGCCUUCAAUCAGCUUCUGCGUUUUCCUUAUUUGUUUUCUUUUUUUUUUUUUCUCCUGAAUAUUAGAGGUGGACUUACUUUGAACAUAAAUCAAGGUGUUUUGUAACUUGGGAUAUGUUUAAAUGUUCUCAAAGUUUUAGAUUUUAGUCGCAGCGCCUUUAC